CCCUCCUUCCCUCCCUGCCUCCACCUUGUUCUUCACCUUCUCUGCUUCUCCUCGCACGUUUGGCUUAGCGCGGCCGUGUUUCUCUGGCCGCGUACUACACUGGCUGCAAGGGUACAUAUCAAUUUAUUUCCCACUGGCCAAGGUCCUCCAGGAGGGGGGGAGCGUUGUGCGUGUUAGAGGUGCAGAGAUCUGCUUUUCAAGCGGAGCUGCAGCAGUGUGCGUCACGUGUGAACCCAAGGGGCGGGCUUUUGGCAAGGAGCUUCUUUACGAGUAUUUACUACAAGGUCUACUCCAGAAGAUUAACAUCCCCACUCCUUCUGUCAGUUUCCGAUGCCAUGCCCGGCUAAAAAGAGCGAUAGUAAUAAUAAUAACAACAAUAAAAAUUGCAAGCGCAAGUCAUCUGCUCGCUGCCGAUCGUCCGCAAGGAAUGGCCGAACCUUUUGCGAAUGAGUUGGCGUCCGCAGCUGCCAGAGGGGACCUAGCGCGACUUAAAAAUUUGUUGGAAAAGAAUGUAAACGUCAAUGCACAAAAUGGAUUUGGGAGGACUGCGCUGCAGGUGAUGAAGCUGGGCAACCCGGAGAUCGCUCGACAGCUGCUUCGGCGGGGCGCCGACCCGGACCUGAGGGACCGCACCGGCUUCGCCGUCUUGCACGACGCGGCGCGCGCGGGCUUCCUGGACACGCUGCAGACUUUGCUGGAGUUCAAUGCGGACGUGAACGUGGAGGACGCCGAGGGCAACCUGCCCUUGCACUUGGCCGCGCAGGAGGGCCACCUGCCCGUCGUGGCCUUCCUGCUGGAGCGCACGGCCAGCCGCGUGGGGCACCGCAACAGGAAGGGCGACACCGCCUACGACCUGGCUCAGCUCUACAGGAGGAGCGCCGUCGCCAAGCUGCUCGAGGGCCACGCAGGAGGCAGCGGGCGGACGGAGGGCGCCGACGGCAGCGGGGACUGAAGCCCCUGGCCGCGCCUGGCUCGCUCGGACUCCGGCAGAAGGAGGGAGAGCCUCUGCCUUCCCUGCCCACCCUCUCCCGCCCCUUCUCCCCCUGUCCCGUCUCUCCAUCUUAACCAAACCACACCAGUAAAUAUUGUAGGUCUCUUUCCAUUGCAGACGUGGGGGUGAUUUUCUUUCUUUCUCUGGAAGAAGAAGAAGAAAUAUCACGCCAGUAGCAGCAGCUUUUCUCAAAGGCGGGAGAAUAAAACCAGCCAGACGGCCGGUGGCUUUCUCUCUCUUUCUGUCUCUCUCUCGCUCUGUGCCUCUGUCUCUCUUAAUUCUUUUUUUACUUGGUUUAUUCCGUCCCUUAAAAAAACAAAAAAAAACCCUCCCCUGCCAACACAACUUGCAUAAGGACCUACUUUAUGUUUGCAGAUGACUUUCCUCUUUCUUCUUCUUUUAAAGAUCUUUGAAAGUUUACUGUGAUUUCUCCUCCCCUCCCCUGAAUAUCAUCUUGCCUAACAAAGGUUAAAAGAAUAUGAAAAAAAACACAUGAAGGAGUGUGUGACAUGAUGUGAAAAGGGCUUCUUUGCCCAAAAGGGGGAGAAAGAGGGAGGGGAAUAAGAACUUUGGUUGUGUUUAGAUACAUCUAGAUACUUAACUAGAUGGUGACACUAACAAAAGCUUUUGAUUUUGUAUUUCUUGCAAUUCUUGUGGCUGCCAUCCUAAACCAUUUGCAGUGCAGUCCUAUAUGUGUGUAUUCAGAAGGAAGUCCCACUGAGUUCAAUGGGGCCAAAUCCUGGAUUGCAGCCUUGAUUUGAAGAAAGUGAUGUUGAAAUCAUUGGGAUGUACUUCAGAGUAAACGUGUUUAGGAUUGAGGUUUAGUGGGUUAACAGAGUGUGUCUGUCCUGGGGCAGGGGAGGGAGAGAAGCAAAAUGUGUCUGGGUGUUUGUUUUAAUGUCGAAGGUUCAGAAAUUCAUCAGGAAAAAAGUAUUUGCUUUUUAUAGAUUUGUUUAUAAAGAUCAGUUUUCCCCUCCCUGAAUUCCACAUGAAUAAGGUUUUACCAAUUUGCUUUUCACAAAAUGAUAUUAUGACCACAAACACAGCAGAAAACUGACCUUGCAAUAUGGAGAUUAAUUCAUAAGAUUAACUUGUGUUUACUGCCUUUUGGGGAGUGCUCCAAGAACGAGUCUUGUUUGGUUGAACACCAUUUACUCCAGAUAGUUCCAUUUGUUCUCACAUAAUGAAGCCAGAACAAGAAUGUCUUGUUAUGGGUUAAGAUUUGAAAACCGAGGUCAAAGCCUGCUUUUAGAAAGUCAGUGAAUCAUUUUAAACGUCAUUAUAUUGAAUAAAAGCUGAAGGAUUUAAAACAUAUUUUAAAAGCAAAAAUGAGAAGGGGGAGUGAUUUAAAAUGGACUGUUUUAGUGUUAAAAACAUUUAUUUUGCAUAGGAAUAAACUACAAAAUCUAUAAGAGUUUUAUCACAUAUUUAAAAUGCUCUCACUUCUGAUACUGCUUUCUGAUUAAAAGCCUCAAUGUGUUGCGAA